AUGGGUAUAGAAAAUGAGGAUCAAUCUUUAUUAAACAAUAAUAAUAACACAAGUGUUUGUUAUAAUAGUUAUAGUAAUGGGUUUAAUAUAGUUAAUUGUUCAUAUAGUUAUUUAACAAAAAUAAAAUUAAAAAAAGAAGAAAAUCCUAAUUCAAUGAGAGAAGUUUUUUGUAAUAAUUUCCCACCAGAACUAUAUCAUUAUAUAUCAACCCAAGAUUAUUGUAGUAUAAUACAGCAACUUAAUCAUUAUAAACAAAACAGACCCUAUUCACCUUAUUAUAAUGGAAUAGCUUUAUUUUUUUAUAUACUCUUUUUCUUCUUUCUUAUUUUAUUCAGAAAUACAAACGUUAUUGCAUCUAUAUGUAUAGUACCAAUUAUGUUAAUUUUUACAAUAACCCAUAUAGUAAUCAUAACCAGUAUUGGAAACAAAUUUUACAGAGAAGUAAUGGCAUAUAUAGAGUUCCUAAAUAGUAUUUAUACAAAUAUAACUUUCGAAGGUCAUUUUUUGAAAAAAUCAUUAAGAGAUGUUGAAAUAACAAUUGGAGUUUUAGAUGAAGCAGGAAAGGUAUUACCCCCAAACAAAUACAGUCAUUCAAUACUUUGUGGUUUUAAAUAUUUAGUCCCAGAAAGAUUACAAUUUAUUUCAUACUCUUAUAAUAAUACACCCAAUGUAAUUGCUCUGAGCAGUAAUAGUAGUGUAGCUAUAGAUUUCAAUAAUUAUCAAUUUCAAUAUCAAUACCAACAACCAUUCCAACCAAAUCAACAGCCAUUGCAACCCAUCAUAAUCAAUUCAAAUAAAAAAUCAGAAAAUAAACCAAUAAAUGAAUAUAAACAACCUACUAUAGAGGAAUUAUUAACUCCCUCUGCCACUGAAGACUUUUAUAGAACUCAAAAUAAUCAAUAA